GUCUUUAGUUCAUUAUCGAAAGUGACAUUCAAUAAGUAUACUUGAAUAAGUUGAAGUACUUGAAUAUUUCGAAAAAGUAAACUCAAAAAUGUUUUUCAAAGGAAUCAUAAUAGUCGCCCUUGUAGCAAUUUGUAGUGCAAGAGAAGUUUGUGAAACUGUUGCAACAGGUAACCAAUGUGGUGCCAAUGAAGUAUGGACUGACUGUGGACCCAUAGACGAUUGUGAAAUGGCAUGUGACUCGCCUGCGCAACAAGCUUGUCCCGCUAUUUGUCUUUCAAAAUGUGAAUGCAAAGAAGGAUUCGUUCGAGCAUCUCAAAAUGGAGACAGAACAUGCAUUAUGGAAGCAUACUGUAAUGCUCCAUAAUUUGAUUUAAAACAAUCAAUUUUCAUGAAAUCAAUUUGUUUUUCAAAUCAAUUUUUCUAAUGUUUUUUUAUGUGCUUCAAUUAUUCGCUACUUAGUAAGCUUCUACAUAGUCAUACAUACUUUGGAAUUUAUUUAUUCAACUAUUGUUUUAUUUUACAUCAUUUUCAUUUUUUUCAUGGAUUUAUCAAUGACACGUGGAAAUUAAAAACAUGUUACAAAUUUCAAAGUAGCAAGACAACAACGACGUUAAAAGUUGCUAGGUAGUGUUAAAGACUUUUUAUACAUCAUACACACGAAACUAAAUUUAUUCAAGUGUUUUCUAAAUAACAAGUUGUCAGUACUAAAUAAAACAAGAAUCAAAAGUUUCACGCUUUGCACGAUAUAAUAAAACUACCAAUAGAUUAUAUAUAACAAUUGUGACUCAUUUGAUGAUAUUCUAAUCAUAAUCAAUCUCCAUUUGGACAUUUAAUGCUUUAAAGUUUGUUAAUGUCG